ACUGUACGAGAAGAGUGGGAAAAGUUGCUCUCAGGUGAGAUUAAGUCAGAUCUCUGUGACCAAUGAGGCAGAAUGGGGCUCUAAUAAAUCUUUCGAAUGAUAUAAAUGACACAUACUAAGGUAUCGGUGUCUCUGAGCAAUUUCCCCGAACAUAACCCGAGAACAUGUUUAAUUGACGCGAUCGUUACCCCUAAAGAUUUAUGCCAUGUAUAUACACACGGCGUAGCGAAGCAAUUAAAUCGAAGCCUGGUGAAGGAAAAAUCUGUGUCAGAUCGAAAUAUUGGCGUUCCUGGAGGCACCGUUGUGAUUUGUCGGCCCUCUUUCUAUACACCGAUACAUUAAACUAACGUACAUUAUACCACCAGGCGGUCCAAGGUAUGACACCCUUCAGGACGAUCUGGAACGAGACAGUUCAGGAGAAACAGUGAUCAAGAUGGAAUAAGAUGGAGUUGGGAUUGCCAUCUACAAAACGACAGCGAGAAUUAAGCCCGAUCUAACUUGGAGUCACAGUGCACAAGGACGACCUAUGUACCAACUAACAAUCCAUUAAUGCUUCCUAACCUGUUAUUGCAAUGUAGCAAUCCCAUCAUGACAGUGCGUGCGCCACUGUCAAAGAAUGUCUGAAGGUAGGCUUGACAGUAUAUAUAACUAUAGACGAUCGACGUCUUUCAGUGUAAAAUCCAAUCUUAAAAUUAUUGUUUCUAAGUUUUACAGUGGAGUCUUAGGCCUAUUUGCGGUACUGAUGUAUAAAAACAACUUUUGAAGUGUUGUUUGAUCAAAGCUGACCAACAAGCAUUAAUAGUAAAACAAACAACAUUAUAUGAUUUUGCCUUAUACUUUGGCAUGAAAUGGACUGAUAUUUUUCAGUCCUAUAUUACAAGAAAGAUUAACAUUGUGUUGGGCUAAAAUGACCUUUAUGCUCUGUAGAAUUCGGCAGAAGGUCAUGGCUGUAUUGUUAUACUGUCACAUAAAGGCACUCCGUGUGUAUGACAGUGUUCUGAGCAGACAAUACAAGGGCACGGCGUAGGCGACAGCUUUAUACUCACCUAGAAGGAGUCAAAAGGUAAAUUAGCGUGACACGAGCUUAUGUGGGGACACACACUGACCAAUGACACCUAUCCAGCACGCAAGAUUAUACUAUCCACGUGGUGGGAAAUAGUGCUGCCUGAAUAUUCAAUACUUCCAAAGUGUUCCGGACUUCGAUAGUUUCAAGAUACAACGUACUGAGAGUGUAUGACGAACAUAUUUUCUCGUGUUUAUUGUAUAUACGUGAAAAUGUUCAAAACAGCACGAACAUACGUGUUGAUCUCGUAGCUCAUAUAUAGAAAUACUUGCAGGACGACUCUAGCUGUGGAUUGAAUGUCGUUGUAAUAUAUAGCAGAAAAAGUGUAUGACGAUGCCGAGGAAAAAGAUUCCGUUUUCUGAUUUGAAUGAACUUCACCAGGCUGCUAACCACGCACUGAGAGUGGCAAUUCUUAAUGAGAGAUUCAAAAGAUGGUCAAAGGUGGUGGAAACUUAUAAACGUCUGUUGUCGAUAAUAGGCAGAGAUCACUUGCCCGAUGACUACGAACCACCUGCUAGUUAUCGUCUUUUGAUGUAUGAAGUGCAUUAUCAUCUUGGAAUGGCUCUCCAGCAUAGAAAAGAGCACAAAAAGGCCGUGACAGAGUUCACUAAAGCUAUUUCUGCAAUAUCUAUUCCGAAGAAUGGCUGCACCGCUGGCUGUUCGAUGAACACGUGCCUGUUGACUCCUGUGCACGCGAGAAGAGCAUUUGCCCUCGCCUUAACAGGUACAGGAGACUUGUCCGGAGCGUUGAAGGAUGCUGAGCGAGCUGUGGUGCUAGAUAGUGAAAAUCCAGAUGUUCUCUGCGUCCGAGCAUUGACAAGAAGCACCAGAGAUGAGGAACCUCUUGCAAUACGUGACGCAAACGAAGCCCUUCGGAUCAACCCGGACCAUUUGGCAGCUCUUGUUGUUCGAGGGGGCUUGUCUCGACCUCUAUAUGCGGCAUGGAGUGAACUAUAUCAACCUCUUGACAACGAGUUCCACAAAAAGGCCGCAGGUUUAAACCCAGACACGAAACCAUUUUUAAAUGUUGUUAACUUUAAAGACCCACUGGUGCUUGACUUUUAUAAUAGAUUUCUACACAAUUUGAGCGUACCUCACACGGUGAUGACAGUGGAUCUGACCCCAGACCGACCCAGCAAAAAGCAACUUGAGAGGAAUCAGGCCUUGUAUCGCUCACCGUCUUCGAAGAGAAGAGUGAAGUCUGCAGAAGAAAGACUGAAUAUCGGUGAUGCCUUUAAAUGUGGCACCCCAACUCCGGCCGAAAUCAACAAAACGUCGGCUCUCCGGCGCCACGAUUACGGAGAAGCGGUCAGGAAACACUCGGUCAGGCCGAAGACAGCACAGGAAUAUCUUGCGGAACUGUACCAGUCCAUACAACAACGGGAUGCGACUACACAUGUUUGUUCUGGCAGAUCGCUGAUGGGCGCGGCCUCUGCACCUGCCAGCCGCCCAGCCUCUUUUCUGUCCCCUUCCAAAUCUAGGUCCGAACAAGGGCGCGGAAACAGCAGUCGUAACACUAGUUGCAAGACGCCACUUGCAUCCCGAGAAACCAAGACAAGACGGACGAAAACUUUCACCAUCGAGUCACCUUCAAACUACACCAUACCGGUUUUCCAACCCAUAAACAUCAAAGACGCACCACGCAUGUAUUACCGCCCAUGGAAAGGCGAUCGACUGCCCACAGCAGAGAUAUCUAGAAGAAAAACAACUUUGGCCUUCUAUUAAAGCUAUAUGUUACAUGCACGCAUGUAUCGGUUUUAUGAUAAAUUUAAUUAUAGGGUACGUCGUGACAAAAUAUGCAUGUACAGCGGGCAAAGUGUUACAGCCAUAAAUCUGGGACAGUGUUCUUCUUCUUCUUUUUCAGCAAUUAAAACAUGCUUUGAUUUAAGAUAAUAUAACCAAAGACGCAGUGUACUAUAAACAAAUAAAAAAUAACAUUCAUCUCAACUGUUUCUCAUGUUUUCUACACGUGAAGCUAGAAUACAAGGUAUGGGGUCCAGUUUGGGUUCUGCGAGCAGUCAUGCACCUUAGUUGCAUGGGGAGGUCUUAGUGACCAAAGAAUCCAGGACAAAUGCCCGGGCGGACAAAACCCCCGCGAACAAAAACCCCGUCGUCUUAAUUAACCUACAAAAGAUAUCCGACAGUCUAAC